AUCCCGACUUUCGCAAGCCUGAAGAACGCCAUGUACAGAGAGCGACGCCGUCAUCAGCCGGAACUUCCUGCAACUGCGGACGACAUUCAGCUGAGCCCGUUGUACCAACAGACAGAAGACGGCCAUCCCUUCCUUGUAAUCGAUGACACUAGUGUUGGUGGUUCUCGGAUCUUAGCCUUUGCAUCACGGGAGGGUUUGCUGCGCUUGUCAUCCGCGAAGAUGCUCUUUGUUGAUGGUACAUUUUUUGUUGUGCCUCAGAUUUUUGAUCAACUCCUGACCAUUCAUGUCAUGUCGGAUGGCAAACACUCACCCGCAGUGUACUUUCUGCUGUCUGGUAGAUCUCGUGAGACGUAUGUUCGAGCAUUUCAAAACUUGAGGAAUGUAUUCGCUGGUGCGGGCAUCGUGUUUCCGAAUCCUGACAUUUUUCUAACAGACUUCGAGCAGGCGCUCAUCGCAGGCUUGUUGACUUUAUUCCCAACCGCAAUCCAUCGUGGGUGCCAUUUCCAUUUCACAAAAAGAGUGUGGGCUGCAGUACAAAGAGCCGGCCUCCAAACUGCGUACGGGCAGAAUGACACUAUUAGGUCCCUUAUUAGAAAGAUGGUGGCGCUGUCGUUCGUUCCAGUUUCUGACGUCCAGCGUGCAUGGCUGUUUUUGCGACAAGAAGGCGUAUCCCUCGGUGUUUCAGGCGUCAUCACUGUGCUUGACUAUUUUGAUGGCACCUGGGUGAAUGGUCAUUUUUUGAUUCAGCAAUGGAAUCACCACGGAAACCGAGGGCCACGGACAAACAACCACAUGGAGUCCUGGCACCGUAAAAUAAAUGCGGUGUCAGGGAGGGCCCACCCGAACAUUUACAGU